GGGGAGCUGGUGACCGCCUCCAAGGCCAUCAUUGAGAAGGAGUACCAGCCCCGUGUCGUCAUGAGCACCACUGGACCCAACCCUUUCCACAAACUCACGGACCAAGAACUGGAGGAGUAUCGCCAAGAAGUCGAAAGGAAACAGAGGCAGUCGGAAGAAGAUUGUGAAGACGGCAGACAGCAGGGAGACAGGAGCUCUCCGGACCAAACUAUUGCUUCCACCCCACCCAGCACUCCGGUCAAACUCGAGGAAGGUACGUGUGUCGCGAGGUUUGCGUCGGAGGCGUUGCGUUUCCAUCCACACUUCUUCCAAAGGAGGUGGAGCUGAAAGGGAGCUCCCGGGCACGAUUUUCC